UCACAUAGAAGCUCACGAGUCUGCUGUGAUCCUCCCACACAAAGCGUUUGGUUCCCCAAUGUAGAGCACAUCAAGAGAACAUCUGGUCAAUCAAUUAGUCGGUACGGUGGCCGAGAGAGCUCAACGCGCUGCAGAAAGUCACAACACAUGCAAAUACAGAAACGCGCUGCAAGUUGCGAAAAGGACACCGGAAGUGUUCCCAGGGGACCCAAUCAAGUGAGGAACCUGGCUGCAGUUCAAUGCUCUGUGGAGUUCCAUCGCCACCGAUGAACAGCAGACACAGUCCCAUCAGCCUGCGUGUCGUAGAAUUCACAGGACCCCGGGAGGAGGCUGCUGAUGAAGCGAAUGAGAAGAAGACGCCGUGGAUGAACGUGGGUGUAGCUCACAGUGAAGUGAACCCCAACACGCGGGUGAUGAACAGCCGGGGGAUUUGGCUCACCUACCUGCUCCUGACUGUUGUGCUGCAUGUCGUCCUGCUCAGCAUCCCUUUCUUCACCGUGCCCCUCGUCUGGACCCUCACCAACGUCAUCCACAACCUGGUGAUGUACCUGUUCCUACACACAGUGAAGGGCACUCCCUUCGAGACACCGGACCAAGGCAAAGCUCGUCUGCUCACACAUUGGGAACAGAUGGACUACGGUGUCCAGUUCACAUCUUCGCGUAAAUUCCUCACCAUCUCACCAAUCGUCCUGUAUAUUCUUGCCAGUUUCUACACAAAAUACGACGCCACACAUUUCCUGAUCAACACAAGCUCCCUCUUAAGUGUCCUCCUCCCGAAGUUGCCUCAGUUUCAUGGAGUGCGGAUUUUUGGAAUCAACAAAUACUGACAGAACAAUGGAUUUUAACCACUGGACUAAAGUUUUUUUUCUUGUUUCAGCGGAACUAUUUUAUGAUGAGAGUUCGAGGAGAAGAGUUUGAUUCGUCUUCACUGUACAGACUGUGUGAAGUAAUUUAUGAAAGCUGCAGUGUGUGCUGCGUCUUGCAGCCUGAAAAGUAAUUUUUUUUCUUUACUGAUCUUUCUUAUGUGGGUUUGUCUGAAGUCAGACUCUUUGCUGAUCUUCAAAUAUAAGCAACAAUUGAACUGCUCUGUUUUCAAAGGUAAUGUUUAUUUGUUACUCUGCCACAGACGUAGCUUUUUUAUCACAACUGGUUUUCAAUAUAUUAUGUUUUUUUCUUGAUUUACGAUGAAGGAUUUAAUCGCAGCAUUCCUCCAAUAAACACUGCAGUCUUUAUUUUGCUAUGAUACACAUAAGUAUGUAAGUUACUGUUAGAUUUAAGAGCUCGAUGUCUUUUCCUGCUUAUAAAAAUGGGCGAUGACAGCUACCUGGUGUGCACACGUUGUUGCCUUAUCUUUAUUACACGUGGUGAAGUAGGAAAAUUGCUACGGAGGUUUCAAGCAUCAAUUGAUCAGUCGUGGGCCUGUUUGUAAGCAGUGGGGAACUCCCAGCACUUUACAUGAAGCUACCAUAAGGGGAUGGCUGCCAGUGCAAUAGGCUCAUUUAUCCAAGGGAUUCCCCCACACACACACACACAUACACACUCUUGUGUUAAGUAUUCAUACUGGUAGUGAGGUAUCCCUGUUAGUUAUGCAUGUUUUGAGGAAGUAGCGCACAGGAAAUGCUGCCGCGUGCAAAUGUUUGUAUUCCAAACAGCCUGGGAAACACAUGCAAAUAUCUUACGCACUGUAUCAGCUGUUUCAAAGAUGUUGUGUAAUCAUUUGCAUCAGUUUUAAAGGGGGGGGGGUGUUCGCCGCUAAUGCUGGGGGGUGGGAUUCACGGGACAGUUGGGCUAAAUGUCACUGUCCCCAAGGCGUCAAAUAUGGCUCACUGAAAGUUUGUGAGUGGGAGGGAAAGGAUGAAUAUGUUUUUCUGAUGCAAGAUUAACACUAUCUCGCUUGAGCAGGAAACAAACAUACCCCCGCCCGUAAUUUCAAUCAAUCUGUCUUGACGUCACUCGAGUGCCAUUCUAGUUUUGAUUUUUGAAAAUUUACCAAAGGACAUGUCAUAGUUAAUGUGCACAUAUGAGAAAGGUUAGAAACUGAUUUGCUGCAGAUGCUGAACCUUCCUGAAACAUUCUGGAAAUUAAAUUUAGAAUUUAACACGUUAACAGAGGCUCAGUUGUAUUGUCAGGGUUUUUCAAAGUAAAAGUUUGGAUUCCAGUUAUCUGCAGAAUAAAACAUGAUUCAUAAUGA